UGUGCAAAAGUAUUUAGCAAGAGAAUUCCUGAUGCUUUGUUGAACAUGGGAAUUGUACAAGCAGACAUUGAUACUGAAGUAUUCUGUUCAACUUAUGAAAUAGCUACAGAUUAUCGAGACAGCGUUACUCGACAGCGCAAAUGAUCAGGACAAACUACCCUUUUCAAGACUCAUAAAAGGGGAGAUUCUCCAAAGAGAAUAUAUAGGAAUCAGAAGCCAAGUUCUCGGUCCCAACACAAAAUGACGACAUUAUGUCAACAUAUUACGCCAUUUCCCGUAUCUUGAUGUGCACUUUAAUUACAAACCAUUGGAUACAGAACCAGAGAUAUGCACAUAAGUCGUGAUCAGCCCCGGUUGGAGCGGGGGUUAAGCUCCAACUUGAUUCCGCCACUGGCUAUGCAUGAUGACCUCAUUUACUAUUCAUACCCGCCAUUUUCAAAUGUGAACCACAUCAACUUCCCUUAUAUUUAUACGCACAACUAAGCCACAUACUCUCCAAGCAAUUUUACUCCUACAGGCUACAUCUCAUGGGGUCUCUUUCUGUCUUAGAACACGAGCCAUUGCAAUAUCCACACGCCCGCCGUGAUGAAUCUGUACUUGAUAACUAUCACGGUGUUAUGGUUCCUGAUCCUUAUCGGUGGCUUGAGGAUCCUGAGUCCGAGGAGGUGAAGGAGUUUGUGCAGAAACAGGUGAACUUGACAGAAACAGUGCUUAAGAAGUGCGAAACACGAGAAAAGCUUCGGGAUAGCUUAACCAAGCUAUUCGAUUAUCCAAGGUACGAUGUUCCUUUCAGGAGAGGAGACAAGUAUUUCUACUUCCACAACUCCGGCCUUCAACCGCAGAGGGUUCUCUACAUGCAGGAUAGUCUGGAUGGAGAACCAGAAGUUCUGCUCGAUCCAAAUGGGCUGAGCAAGGAUGGCACAGUUUCACUUAACAGGUGUGCUGUUAGCCAGGAUGCUAAGUACUUGGCUUAUGGUCUUAGUUCUAGUGGAAGCGAUUGGAUGAACAUCAAAGUUAUGAGCAUUAAAGACAGGAUACCUGAGCCAGAUACUUUGUCAUGGGUCAAGGUUUCAGGCAUCAGCUGGACUCAUGAUAGCAAAGGAUUUUUUUAUAGUCGGUAUCCACCUCCCAAUGAGGGAAAAGAAUUUGCCGCUGCAUCAGAAACCAGUGCUGGGACAGAGACCAAUGCUAACCUCGACCAUCAGCUGUACUAUCAUUUCUUGGGUACUGAUCAAUCUGAAGAUAUUUUGUGCUGGAGAGAUCCUGAUAACCCAAAACACACAUGUAUGGCCUCAGUAACAGAAGAUGGAAAGUAUGUUCUUCUGUAUAUCUACGAGAAUUGUGACCCAGUAAAUAAGUUUUACUACUGCAACCUUUUCAAUUUACCUAAUGGACUUCAAGGUCAAAAGGGAAGGGAUUUGCUUCCCUUUGUGAAGCUUGUUGACAAAUUUGAGGCAAGCUAUCAGUAUAUUGCAAAUGACGACACUGAAUUCACAUUUCUUACUAAUAAGGAUGCUCAAAAGUACCGCCUUAUCCGAUUAGAUUUGGAGGAACCAAGCAUCGUAAUUGAAGUACUUCAAGAAACUGAAAAUGAUGUUCUUGAGUCAGUUGAUGCAGUCAAUGAUAAUCAGAUGAUUGUAACUUAUUUAAGUGAUGUUAAGCAUGUACUGCAGUUGAGGGACUUGAGAACAGGAUCCUUGCUGCAUCAUCUCCCCAUUGACAUCGGCACUGUUUAUAAUGUCAGUGCUCGUCGUAAAGACAACAGUCUUUUUAUUGGCUUUACAAGCUUCCUUACACCUGGUGUUGUAUAUCACUGCAACUUAGAAAGUGGAACACCUGAUUUGAGAAUAUUCCGGGAAAUUUUGGUUUCCAAAUUUGACCGGACAGAGUUUCAGGUUAAUCAGGUGUUUAUUCCCAGUAAGGAUGGCAUCUUGAUACCAAUGUUUAUAGUCGGUGGAAAGAAUAUCCUAUUGGAUGGCUCAAACCCUUGUUUACUAUAUGGAUAUGGAGGAUUUAGUGUUAGUCUUACACCAUCAUUCAACAUAAGUCGAAUUGCUCUCAUGAAGCAUUUAGGUAUCGUCUACUGCUUAGCUAAUAUACGUGGUGGUGGAGAGUAUGGGGAAGAAUGGCAUAAAGCUGGACAACUGGGGAACAAGCAGACUUGCUUUAAUGACUUCAUUUCUGCUGCUGAGUAUCUUGUAUCUGCUGGUUAUACUCAGCCCAAAAAGUUGUGUAUCGAGGGUGGAAGCAAUGGUGGCAUUCUUAUUGGGGCUUGCAUUAAUCAGAGACCAGAUCUUUUUGGCUGUGCACUUGCCCAUGUUGGUGUCAUGGACAUGCUUAGAUUUCACAAGUUCACUGUAGGCCAUACCUGGACUUCAGAAUUUGGCUGUUCUGAAAAGGAAGAAGAGUUCCACUGGCUAAUCAAGUACUCACCAUUGCACAAUGUGAGUCGACCAUGGGAACGUUCCUGUCAUAAAGCUUCCCAGUACCCACCUACAAUGUUAUUGACAGCUGAUCAUGAUGAUCGAGUUGUGCCUUUACAUACCUUGAAACUUUUGGCGACCAUGCAAUACGUCCUAUGCACAAGUACAUCUGCAAACCUUCAAAACAACCCGAUAAUCGGAAGAAUUGAUUGCAAAGCUGGCCACGGUUGUGGACGUCCAACACAGAAAGUGAUUGAUGAAACUGCAGACAGGUAUAGCUUCAUGGCUAAGAUGUUAGGCGCGGCCUGGGUUGAUUAGACACUGUUGUUUGCUUGGCAUCAGAAUUGUAUUUUUAUUAAGAGAAUUAAAUCUUCUGGUAAAUAUAGAAUAAUGAUAAGAAAUAGCUACAAUGCAGCAUCAAAUGUCAACUAUGGUCACUGGCUCACUGCCCCGUUCUCAUGUCAUGUCGAGGCACUGUCCAAAAUUAAUCAGUGAUCUAUCAAAUUCUCUA